AUGGCUUCUACUCUACCUUCUUCCCCCAUUUUUGAAGCAAUUGCCAAGCAUGAUCCUAGGUCACCGGCCAUCAUCCACAGCGCCUCAGACCGCACUUUUUGCUAUGGGAGUCUCUUACACGAUGUUGCUGCCGCCAAAGAUAACCUGGCUGCGUUAGCCAACGGGAAGUCCUUAGUUGGUGAGAGGAUAGCUUUUUUGGCCGAAAAUGGUUAUGACUAUGUAGUGACCUUCCUCUCUAUUCUGUCUCAUGAUGCAAUCGCCCUUCCCCUAGCACCUAUGCAUCCCAACUCCGAACUACGGUAUAUUCUCGAGAAUAGUGAGGCCUUGUUCUUCCUGGCCACGGAAAAGUUCCGUGAAAAGGCUCAAGACGUGGUCAAAGAGGGCCUCGAUCAUGUCCCGAACCUGGAAAUACUCUCCAAGAUUGAAACGGGUGCUGUCUCGGCAGAGAAUGUAAAAUUUAGCCCGAAAUCAGUCGACAGGGGAGGAUUCAUGCUCUAUACCUCCGGUACAACAAACAGGCCCAAAGGUGUUGUGUUAUCAAUCCCCACAAUUACGGCUCAAGCAAGAUCUUUGAUACAAGCAUGGAAUUAUAGCUCAUCGGACUUGCUCCUUCAUGUGCUUCCCUUGCAUCAUAUCCACGGCACCGUCAACGCGCUCUUUACCCCGCUGAUUGCUGGCUCCGCUAUCGAGUUUGCCUACCCUUUCAAUGCAGAUACAGUGUGGAAGCGCUUAGCUGCGCCUUUCCUGCCCGGCUCCUCUCCUUCGAAACGGCCCAUCACUUUUCUGACUGUGGUUCCUACGAUCUACAAUCGACUCCUCACCUCACAUCCUGGUCUGGAUCAAGACAUGCAAGAAGCUACACGCACGGCUAUAACCCCUCGUUACAUGCGUUUGAAUAUAUCUGGUUCAGCAGCAUUGCCUACUCCCACUAAGUCGGCCUGGACUCAACUGAGUAGCGGAAACGUCCUCCUAGAACGAUAUGGUAUGACCGAGGUUGGCAUGGCCCUUUCAUGUGGCUUGGCUUACGAAGAUCGUGUGGAUGGUAGUGUUGGCUGGCCUCUACCAUCGGUUGAGGCCCGUCUGGUAGACACGGAGACUGGAGAGGUUAUUCAUCCUGGUCAAGAGACAGAUCAAAGCGGUAGACCACGCGAAGGAGAAAUCCAAUUGCGUGGGCCCACCAUUUUCACCGAGUACUUUCGCAAUCCCAAAGCGACGGCUGAAGAGUUUGUCUCCGGAGAUGACGGGACGGGCAAAUGGUUCAAAACUGGAGAUGUAGCAACCCGCCAACUAGUUUCGGGGGCAGGCCACAGCGGUCAGUCAUGGGCUCAAGGGCCAAUGUAUUUCAUCCGUGGACGCAAAUCUGUUGAUAUCAUCAAAACUGGAGGUGAGAAAGUCUCGGCCUUGGAGAUUGAGCGAGAGCUCCUAUCUUUACCUGAAGUCGCAGAAGCAGCGGUUGUUGGUCUCGCCAAUGAACAAUGGGGACAAAAAGUGGCCGCCGUGAUUGUACUUACACCCAAGGGUAUGACUGCAGGCAAAGGCGGCAAGCAAUGGGCCGUCAUGGACAUGCGACGCGCUCUGAAAGAUAAACUCGCAAAUUACAAGAUUCCCCAGGAAUUAAAAGUAGUUGAAUCCAUCCCCAAAAAUGCCAUGGGGAAAAUCAACAAGAAGAGUCUGGUCAAGGAUGUUUUCCUAAAGGAGAGGCCUACGGCCAACGGCGUUUCAGAUAGAGCUCAUGCUCACACAGCGCACACAAAUGGCAUCACAAAUGGAGUAACCAAUGGCGUAUAG